AUGCAACGUCUCAGCAAAACGCGAAGCUGGCGAUACUCGUCGCAGCAGCCGCCUGCUGCUAAAGAUAAACAACAGCACGAUCCUGUCUUGACCGCCGAAGAUGAGGCGUUCCUCCAGCAGAUGAUGUCCCGGUCGGAUGGCGGUGAGGCUUCAUCACCUCCGCCGGGGGAUGAGAAUAACAACACAUUGUUGUCGCCCGUUAGUCCUAUAACUCCUGUUACGAAUGAGGCGCGGAAUACACCAUUGCCGGCGUCGCCGGCUGAGGAUUUUGGUAAAGAGCUCGGCGAGCAAGGGCGGAGGGCGAGUGAGAAGAGAGGAUCCGUUGACUCGGGUGUUUCGAGGAAUGGGAGCAUAGUAGGCAAGGAGAAGAAGUGGAGGCCCUGGAGCUUUUUGCGCAGGAAGCCAAGUGGGAAGGUCCAGGCAUCGACCGAAAAUCCAAACGAUGAUGCGUCGCGGCAGGAUGCAGAGGAUAUGACGCAGGUGCUGGAACAAUUGAACCUUGCUGCGGACAAUAACCGGGUCUUUUCUAUCAGUGAAGAGACGCAGGAACUCAUGCGGAAGUUUAAGCUCAUCUUCAAGGACCUGAUCAACGGUGUGCCGACUGCAUACAAUGACCUUGAGAUGCUCCUGACCAAUGGGAACAAACAACUACAAGAUACCUACACGAAACUGCCCGGCCCGCUGCAGAAACUGAUCCAGAAACUCCCCGAACGAUGGACGGAAUCUCUCGCGCCCGAAGUUCUUGCGGCGGCCAGUGCAAAGGCCGGAAAGAGUGGGGUGAACUUGGAUAACAUGGGCAAAGCCGCGGCAGCUGCAAGUAAGAUGGGCAUCCAGGUUCCUAACUUGAAGGAGCUGGUUGCCAAACCGGCAGCGCUUGUGGGGAUGAUGCGAUCCAUCAUAGCGUUUUUGAGGGCCCGGUUCCCGGCGGUGCUGGGUGUGAAUGUGCUGUGGUCAUUGGCAUUGUCUAUCCUCCUGUUCGUCCUCUGGUACUGCCACAAACGCGGUCGGGAGGUUCGACUAGAAAACGAGCGACUCGUGACAGAGGAGGAGAUUGGUAAACUGAAUGAGCAGGCGGCCGAGGAGCAAAUCCGUACCACGGAGACUCUCACCACAACAGCACCUCAGGGAGCUUCGACAGAACAGAUCCGGACUGGCGUGAGAGAAGCACAACAAGCACGGGAUGCGGCCAUAGCAGCAGCUGAAGAGCAAAGGAAGAGCGGCAACGAGACCGCACCUCCUACACCCGCUCCGGUUAUCCCGACUCGGACCAAGUCACGACUCUCGAUGUGGUCGAGGUCCAACACCGCACCGAUAUCACCGAGCACGAAGAUUGAGCCAUAUCCAGGUACAUGA